CAACUUCCGCUACGUCAUCUACUUCCCCGGAAGUGGCAUUAAUGUUGGUUGGUACGUCUUGUUCCAGAGCUUUCGGAGUAAGGAAAUAAUCGGGAAAGGCAACAUUCGCUAAGAAAUUACGUGACAACACGGUUGUUUUGUCCGCUUGGUAUCUUGAGCCUGUCUGAGCCACAGCCAUGGUGUGCAUUCCCUGCAUUGUGAUACCUGUCCUGUUGUGGGUCUACAAGAGGUUCCUAGAACCCAUCAUUUAUCCUUUCAUUUCACCCAUCAUUAACACCUUCUGGACCAAAAGAGCAGUGCAGGAUACAAGCACCAGUGACCAGAAAGCCAAUGAAAAAAGUAAUGGAGCUUGCAAGCCUGAAAGCAACGGUGAAAUGGCUGUAAAUGGAGCUACUAUAGCAGCAAAGAAAACGGACUGAAUGUUACAAACGCUUUAAUCUCUGUAAAUAUUUCCAUCAUGAAAUAAAAAAUUAGUAGUUUUUUUAAAGCUUCUUUGCAGAGUAUUUCUCUUAUCUGAUGGCACCAUCUAGUGGCUGACAAGCAUAUCACACAAAAACUCUUGCUGUUUAAGAUGGCGACUUCACGUUUCUGUUUAUAAAUGUGCUUCUGUAGCCGACAGAGCCAAAACACGCUGUUUUACGAGUAACAUUCUCAUGUCAUGUUGUGUUCUCAUAUAUUUAUAUUUUAGAGACUUACUUGUCCGUGAAAAGUUCAUCAACUCUGCAUCAGCCAAGGUAUUCCUUAAAUUUGAAGCAAGUAAGAGGUAGUCUAACGCUAUUGGUUAUUUCUGGUCAGCGCUCGGUUUCCUAUUGCACAGAGCUCUGCGGGGCAGGGGGCGUGCUUAGCAAAAAAAAAAAGACGUAUUGCUUACAUUUUAUCACAGUACAUGAUGAGAUAAUCACUUUUACGGAUUUCUGAAAAAUCAUACAUCAUUUCUGAAAGGGGAAAACUCUGGAAAGCUGCUUUAAGCCAAGUUGUUUUCAUAACAAAGUUUAAUACAUGUUUCAAUUUUUUUACUUGUAUUUGUAUGAUUCCUAUCAGAUUAAUUUAUUGCAUUACUGUUGUCUUACUUAAAAACAUUAACGGCUUUAAUGAAACAAUGUCAAAAGCUUCAAAUAAAUUAAUUCUAUUUCUGUUCUAUUGAGACACUUUAGUGUGCGCCUCCAGAGAAAAAUAACUUGUGGUCCUCCUAAAGGCAAAAAUACUCCUUUAAAAAAAAGAAGGUACAAAAUAUAUCUUAAUUCAAAUUCUGUUAGUGAUUUUUCAUGAAUAAUUGGUAAAAUUCCAAUAUAAAGUUUUAUUUAAGAUUGUAGUUUUAAUGUCAGUUUCUAAUGAAUGUGAUUUAAAAAUCAGUCUGGAGUUCUGUCACUUUUGUCCUCUGAUCCUAGAUAAACAUAUUUACAGAUUUUAUGGAUGAAACAAAGUUAAUAAACAUACAUUGAUUGUGUCUGCCACUUGGUGUCUCAUGUCCAACUUGGUGUUUUACUACAGUUUUAGGCCUCAUCUCCUGAAGACUGAUUCAUAACUUGCAUUUAGGUCCUGUGCUCUUAUAAUUUUUAGUUGUGUGUACUUUAUUCGUUGUGUCGCGGUUGAAGGAAAGAAACGAUGGAUAAAAGAAUGUACACCUUUAACUUACCAGAAUAAAAAUACUCUGGAAGGGAA